ACCCGCCACUCUUGACUAACAUUUUUAAAGUUUUCAAAAAUGUGAGACAGUAAGAAGUUAAAUAUACUGGGUACAAUAGGAGAGGUUAGUAUGCAUGCGUGAGUGGUACCCAAACGACUGAUGUUUGGUAAACUGUGCUAAGCUACACUGCAUCUUUCUAAAUAUACCUAUUGCUGUUUAUAGUAUUAGAGAAAAAAGUACUCAUGAGGCUUGUCAAAACAUAGCAAGGCAGACUUUAUUCAGGGGGACCAUGACAGGUAUAGGGACCAUCGUAAUGGGGUAUGCAGUAGGGGAGUGAUUAGGGUCGACUCCGAAUAUAGGGCCAAGUGGGUAUUUACAGCCAAGGAGCAAGGUCGGGGGGGAGGGUAGGGUCAGUGAUAGAAGAUUGCGAAGAGGAAACAUCAGAGUAAGGGGGGCGUCCUGCUAACCACCCAAAGAGGACUCUUGCUGAAGGCAGGCUAGAGUAAUGAGACAUCACCGGGAGAAGGUGAGGCAUGAGGACCCCAUCAGAUCUCAAUGGCCGGGGGUUCUAGUUAAGCUGACUUAGCACGAUUCUUGCUAAAACUGGACAAUGUAGAGACGGAAGCCCAGAAUUCGGGGCGUAGUUUAGAAUUCAGAGGAGCCUGGGUAGAGUUUGGCCAAGGAGAGGUUCUGUGGCCAGUUCAGGGGCUAAGCUCCGGCCCCCAAGCCCAUUCCCCAGUGGCGGUCUCUAGCAGAGGUAAUAGUACAGGUGCACAAUAGUAUCGUUUCAAUUCUGAAAUGCAAACGUUCUGAAAAUCAGAAGUUUCUCCUGAAGUUUGGAGUAAACUAAUUUGAACUGAUCUGAGCAUUUAUAGCCUUUAGAUGUCCCACUUAGGGUGACUAUUUGUCACACAUCUUUGCUUCAGAACUAUUGUGUUUGAUUUUAGGCUGUUGUCCCAGACCCCGCUGGAAAUGUUUUAUACAGGGUUAUAUACUGCAAAAAAAAAAUGCCCCAAAUUCUGAAUUCUAACACAUCUAAAAACAAAGAGGUUUGCCCCUGCCCAGCUUUACUGAGAUGUAAUUGAUAUAUAACACUGUGUAAGCUUAAGGUAUACAACAUAAUUUGAUACAUGUACAUAUUGCAAAAUAAGGUUAAUUAACACAUCAACACAUUUAUCGCCUCAUAUGGUUACAUGUGGCGAGAACUUUUAAAACCUACUCUUAGCAACUUUCAAAUAUACAACACAGUAUUGUUAACCAUAAUCACCAUGUUGUACAUAGUAUGUUACCCUAAGAUGAUACCUAUUAAGAGGGGUUAUUGGUGGCUAACUGGGUUAAAACUUAAGAACAGAGCCUACCAGUUGGGCCUCUGCAAAACCACACUUCCGAGGAGAAGUCUGCACCAAGUUGUCUGCCCGUGGAGCCAAACUGCCCACCCACACUGUGUUCCUGCCAGCUGAGCCCACUCUUAUAAAGGAGUUCCUGGAAUUAUAUUUCAACCAAUAUGACUGGGACUUUCCCCAGUUGGAGCUGCUACAACCACAGUCCCUAUCAACUUCACUGACCAAUCAGGACGGUGCUUUUUGGGCCAAUCAAACUGUGAGAACUUGGGAGUCUUCAGUUGCUUGAGGACAGACAAUCAGGGACCACGAGAGGGGACUUGUCUCUGUAAGUCAGCUCCUGUGAUUUGAAAAAGAAGUAUUUGCCCCACCUCUGGAGGGUGCUUGCUCCAGGACCUCUCACAGCCUCCUCGUUCCUUAGAGUUCAUCUGUAACGCUAUUGAGCUAUCCCACACCUGUGCUGCUUUUACGGCCCUGCUGUGUUUGCACAGAAGUUUCCUUCACCGGCACCCCAAAUCGGGGAUUCAAGUUGGCACUGAAUUCGCUCCAAUGACCAUCGGUUGACAUUACUUGCCCAGAACUUACUUAUCAUUCUGGAAGCCCCCAGGGUUUCUGAUACAGCAUGUGCACUAGUGGCAGGAUCAGUGCUAGGAGCACAAUGGCGGCACCGAACCAUUUGCUGAGCACUCCGUUUGUGUCAGGCAUUGUUCAGAGUACUUUAUAUGUAAAUGCCUCGUUUAAAUCCUCACAGUACCCUGUUAGUCAUUAUCUUUUAUAAAUGAAAACGGGCAGACUAGCUACUUAAUUUGCCACCGAUCAUGCUGCAGGCAUGCCUGCCCAGCUGAGUAGGGCUUCAUGCAUUUCACCAAGUUAAUAAAGGAGCCUUACGCUGCAGCAGAAUAGUGAACAGGAAGGAACUCUUCCCCAGAGCCCAGCCCCUAACAGACCUCCUUUACUUCCCACUGACGAAGCUAGGUCACCGCCCAUCGUCAGCCAAAGCAAAAGACUGGCUUAGACCCACUUUAACUAAUCAAAGUGGGUCCCGGGGCUGUGCCCACGCGGUGGGGAGGGUGGCAGGGUGCGGAGACGACCGAACCUGAGCACUUUCCAGCCUAGAUAGGUGUGAACAAACUCCAAGAACCGAGGAGCCGGAGCGCAGUGCAGCUCGGCCCAGCGCUGGACGGGCCCAAGCCCGCGGUUUGCGAAAAGUCGGGCGCAGGGACCCUGCUCUCGAUGCACAUGGGCCGAACCCCACCCCCGAGAGAGCGGGAGGAGGCCUCGGUUUCCCCUUCUGGCCAACCUGCAGAGAAGUAGGACGCCCACGAGUCUCCGACCCGGAAGCCACUGUGCACGGGGGAAAACCUGGCUAGAGACCGCAGCACGCCGCGUAGCCCCAGGGUCCCGCUCCCAGCGGAAGUGAGGCCGCCAGCUCUGGACUACAACUCCCAGACUUCCCCCGCAGCCUCGCCCAUGCUGAUUGGCUCCCUGUGCCGUCUACCAGCCAACCAGCCACGGGAAGACGACCGCACGGGGCUCGGUGACCAAUCACAAGAGCGAGGAGGCGGCCGCUUCUCCAGCCGAUCCAAGAAGCGGGCACGCAGGAGCCCCGAUGCAGCCGCGCAGGACUGGGGCCGACCCCAGGUGACGGCCAGCGGCCCCACGACAUGGGCCAGCCGGGGCAGCCCAGGCCCGGAGGCACAGCCCGGAGGCCGCCUCCCUGUGGGCAGGCCAGACGCCAACCAGGGGCCACGGAGCGCUGGGGCGCCUGGGAGCGGCGGCAGCGGUGGCAGCGGCGGGAGCGGCGGCCGGGCCUGCCGGAGAUGCGCUGCGGGUGAAUCGGGACGGCAGAGGGAGCCCCGAAUGGUCAUCAUUCAGGUUCUAAAUGGACACAGAUUUUUCUUUGCACCCCUGUCGUCUCCGGAUGCUGUGUUCCAUUCGCCUGUCUCGUUGGCGAUGGCUUCGUGCGUGUGUAGCACCUGCCGCGGCGGCAGCGGUCCUGCCUGUGCUCGGUCCACGAGGCCCGGGUGUCAAGCCAAGGACAAAGGCCAAGGAAGAGCCUGCGGUGCCUUGACGUAGACUAAGAGAGAGCGACGCGCAGUGGUUCGCUCUUUGGGUCCCGCUUCAGCCGCAGCCCGUUUCUCGUCCGCUCUUCUCUCUUAUGUCCCGAGAGGAGAAGACGCGGCCAUGGAGGCCUCAGCGGGCUUCAUCGAUCGUCUGCACAGAUCCCGUUGUGCUGAGUGCGUUUUCCCCUCGGUUUGUCAGGGAACCUGGAGUUCAUCGGCCUCGCCCCAUCGAUUCGCAGAUAAGGGAAACGAGGUCCACGGGGCUUAAGCGAUCGGCCUGCUGGGCACCAUGGUUGAUAGGCGGCUGGGCUGCGGCCUCCCCUGCUCUUCGUGGCGGCGUGUGUGUUGACAGCCAGUGUGCCAGCAUCACUCCCCCGCGCUGGGGGCAGCGACCUGCCCUGACACCCCUUAGAAGUGCAGCGAGGAGAUUGCAGGUCUUCAUGAAUGUCAUCCCCAGACACAGUGAGAGCCUCUGGGCCAGGACCCAGGGCCGGACUGUUUAAACUGGAAGAAUAAACUAGCCAGCAGGAGAGUCUGGCUGGGUCAGUGCAGCCGACUGUGGAUCCUCAGAUUGAUGAGUUUGAACAGGCUUGCUGACAAAAUCUUCACAUUGAGCUUCUGACAGGAAACGUCCUUUCUUGUAUGUGGAUACCAGAAAAAUAGUUAUUAAAAAUGUUAAUUCAUUUUGAUCAUUUCCAGGCUCUGAAGGAACGGAGCCUUCAGAUGAUGAGAACAAAACAAAUCUCUUUCUCUAGGAAUGCAGAUGUUAGACUAUGAGGGGAUGGCGAAAUGGAAGAAAAGUUGGCACUUUAAGAAAAGUACAAUUUAGACGUCUUAUGAGCAUGUUAGACGAUGCAGUGCGUCCCCCCGUCGCUCCCAGUGCUUCAGACGACAUCAGAUGACAGCAUGAAAUACACAGCUGCGCGCGGACAUUUUAACCACACCGAGAGUCGUUAGAAGAUGCAUGUUGGUCCAGGAGGAUUUCAACUUUGGUUUCGAACCUCCAUUUGACGGCGAAUGUCCAUCUCUCACGAUGGCCGUGGGCGUCCACCCGUCCCCUCGUUCAGGUAACCCAGCAUCCUCCGCGCUCGAGCCAGAAGGCCCCAGUCCCUUGCGGAGCCUGCAGGGUGCUGGCGCCCCCCGCACCGCCUCCCGCUGCGUCUUGGCCGAGAAGGGGAUCAUUCGCAUCGCUGAAAAGUUUAAAAGACGUGGUGUCGGACUUCCUGGAGGUUGAGACCCCUGGGGCUUUUGGAGCCGUACCCAGAUGUCGCCCCACCGUUCCCCUUCCCGUGGUCUUGUGGGUUAUCCAGGGCUGCCUAUGGAUUCUUUUCUAGCGAAAAGACUUAUUUUUGUACUUAAAAUGCUCUAUGAUCUUCAACUGAAUUUGACUGAAAGCUAGUAUCCAUUCUGUUCCGUGUGAUUCUCUCACUGACAUUACCACACAAGACCCGUUUGAUAUUAAAAUGAAGUUUUUCCUCUUCCCCUGGGUUUUCGCUGUGGCGUCUAACUGUGGAGACCGACAUCACGUCCCCUGCGCUGUCCCAAAGAGACAUUUUAAAAGCAUAAUCACAAUACGAUUAUCGUUCCUCAAACCAAAGUUACAAAAAUUUUUUGUAUUAUGAAAUCUCUAGUGUCUGAUCACAUUUGUACACGCUUCAUCAGUUUCAUAAAUGAUUGCUUGUA